CGCUGGGCGCUAGAGCAACGCAACCGGCCCGGUCGUUUUUAGUUCCAAGUUCGAUGCCGCCUCAUGAAGACUCUUAGCAAACACUAAAAGUUAUUUUUCUCUUUUUAAGAGUUCAUACCUAAGUGAAAGUGAAUUGUGAUAAUAGUGAUAGGUGCCAAAUAAGUUAUUAGAAUAAUGGAUGACGACCAGCAGUUCUGCCUUAGGUGGAACAACCACCAAUCAACAUUAGUAGCGGUAUUCGACACAUUACUAGAAAAUGACAAAUUGGUGGAUUGUACCCUCGCGGCAGAGGGUAAAUUCUUAAAUGCACACAAAGUCGUCUUAUCGGCAUGUAGUCCAUAUUUCGAGGCAUUAUUGUCUCGACAUUACGACAAACACCCGAUCCUCAUCCUAAAAGACGUGAAAUUCCAAGAACUGAAAGCCAUGAUGGACUACAUGUACAGGGGUGAGGUAAACAUAUCUCAAGAUCAAUUGGGGGCGCUACUAAAAGCAGCUGAAUCCCUUCAAAUAAAGGGAUUAAGUGACAAUAAAAAGGAUGAAGGGCCAGUGAAGAGGCCGGCUCCCGCUCCGGCGCCCCCAAAAAGUCCUCAAACACAAACUCAAUUACCAAAGGUUCAGGGUCUGACGAUAGAGCAAAGAAGUCGAGAUGACAGAGAAGGCUCAAUGUCACCAGGUCCUCGUAAGAAAAAAAGGAUGAGGCGUAAAUCUGAAGAAAUAGAAAAUCACCAUGAUGCCUCAAACUCUUCAGAUGCCCACAGCCUGCCUCCUCAAAACAUUCCCUCGGUUACUGCUAACAUUAAAAUGAACUCUGAUAUGUCUGACAACAUUGACCCAAAACAGGAAAUCAUCUCUAGGCAUAAAGAAGAAUCGGCACCACAAGUUCCUAUUAUCAAAGAAAAAUUGGAAACACACACAGAACUGAUGCUAGAACCUAAAUCUGAAUAUGUUGAGGAAAUGAAUGAGGACAGUGUAGAGGACCUGACAUUAGAUGAUGAUGACUUGAGCAAUAUGGAACAAAUGGAUGAUGGAGCGGGACCUAGUCAUGGUGGCGAUGGAUCAGCACAAGGAUUUGGACACUGGCAAAUGGGUAAUCAAUCACAAGAUGAGGUAUUCUUGGCUGCCCAAGAGGCAGUUGGUGCACACAGGGACUCACAAGGCUUCGCUGGUCGUGAGCAAUACAGGCGGCAAUAUUCUGUGGCCCAAAGGCAACAACGGCCAGCACCGAUUAAACAACAUUCGGCACCUUUAUAUGAUUAUAACGCACGUAACAUAGAAGUGUUAGGCCUGAGAAGACCGCAAAUAGCUGCACAAGGCAAUCCAAAUUUCCAAAGGAAAGUUCAACCUGCAACACGAAUGAUCAAACCUCAAAACGAAAGAAUUGCUAUAACCCAUCUGCCGAAAACUUCUCCACAAAAUCCGGUGCAACAACGUAAAAUACAACCUGUUCAAAUAGUCAGAAGAUCGGCUGAACCCCAAGUCAAUCUCGAGCGACCUUCUGAACCAGAAUCAUUUAAACCAAUUGAGCCGACGAGACCGACAGAAUUUAGGCGGGCUUGGUCAGUAGAGUCUGAAGCUCCUGCUGCACCUGAACCUAAGCGACAGCAACCGGUUGUCAUCCAAUUUAAAAAGCCGGCUGAAAUGAAAUCAGUAAGAAUGGUCGAAGAUCAUUCCCGUACAAAGCCUGCAAAUCUUCCAAAAAGAUCCCCUAUGAAAGGCUCUGGGCUACUUACUGAUAGCUUGUCAGUCAUAUUUACCCGCAGGAAUAAUCAGCAGUGGAAACCAGCACAAAAUCGGGGAAUCUAUGAGGAGCAGCCAUCAGAUACGUCAGAGCUGGAUAAGCAACUUGACGCCGAGGUAUCAGAUACAGAGUCAGCAUGCGUGGAUUGUCCGGCUCCACCCAGAAUCUCUCAGCCGACACCACAACCAACUCCAGAUAUAAGUACGGAGGAUUGGUUUACCACUAAACAACGGAUUUUAGGAAACGUUAAAAUAGAUAAAGAUAUUUGCGAGCCUAUGAAGGUCCCCACAGCUGCUACUUGCCCUGAUUCUAAAAAUAUUAUGGUGGACCCUCAUGGUUUUGAUAUUGAACCACCUACACAUUUAAAUAAAAAUGUUUCUCCCUAUAUUCCUUCGCUUAGCUAUGAAAGAGAUGAGUACGAAAAAUACAAAACAGAUAAAUUUAAAAAGGAAAUUACUAUGGCCUUGCUUCAUCAGAGGUACCAGGCGGCAAAGCAAGCUCAAAAGGAAAAGGAGAAUCAGGCAAGAGAACAGCACUUUGAAGAUGCAAAGGCAUGCCGGGAAUAUGAUAGUGGCAAUUUAGCAGAGCAAAGCUAUGAGGAUGAUCAAGAUGAUCAGGACCUGGAGAAGUAUCAUAUAGAGAAAGAAGCUUUUAAUAUCCAGACUACUGAUAAUCAACCCCAGUAUGAGUAUCAACAAGAAACUUAUAAUGAUCCAAAUUAUAAAAACCUUACUGAACAAUAUGAAAACGAGCAAGCUGGAUAUUAUGGGCAUCAAUAUGAAAAUCAAAACUACGAACAUCAGCAGAAUUACGCAGAAGAUAACUACCAAUAUCAGCAGGGCAGCGAGGAGAUUGUUGCCCCGGAGGCCCCUCAAAUAUCUAUGGAUCAUCAACAAACCGAUGCUGAUAAUAUGCAAGAUGCUCAGUAUUACCAAGCCGAGACCUAUCAAGAAUAUGUAAAGUAUGAUGAAACAAAUACCUUUAAAGAACCUCAGCCAGUGAACUCCUCCAAUCAGACAAUGUGUCAUAAAUGUUCUUUCCAAACUACCAAUCCGAAAAAGCUCAAAGACCAUUUAAAAUUUGUACAUGGUGAAGUGGUAUCUGGAGAACCUACUUCACACGCAGGUGAUUUAUACUUUAGAAGGGAACCAAAAUUGGCCGACGGUCAAACUGAUUUAUUUUCUCGCAGGGGAGAUUUCCCUGUAGGUAAAAAGCCUGCGCAAAAAUUUAAGAGACGUAAUACAGCUAAUUUGGUUCAUAUAAUAUCUGACGUGGUUGUUCCUCCUAGUGCUGAAGAACCCAUGGAAAAAGAUGCUGGAACAGAAAGUUCUGGUUCUAAAGCUGAAGAAGGUGGCGUUACGGCUGCUAUGGAAUAUUUUGAGUCUAAUAAGGAUCAACCUAAGAAGCCUAGGCCAUAUAGAAGGGAUUCUGAUAAGAUGGAUAAAGAUUGGAUAUAAAUAUCCCGCAUCUUAUUUAAGUUUGUUUAGUUAAGGAGUAAAUAGAAUUAAUACCUUUAAGUUAAAUAGAAUAACUGUUGAGUUAAAAAAACUUUUGAAAAAUGUUUAAUUUUUGUUAAUAUUAGGACUAGUUAUUAGAAGCACAGUGCUAUUAGGUCGCAACUAUUAAUAAUACUUGGUAAAUAAAUGUAUAAAUAUGUAAGAAGAACUAUAAAGAACAAUUUGUGUUAAAUGUUGUUGGCAAGUUAAACGCUAGUUCUAAUUAAACAACCCAUAUUUACACAGCA